GAGUAUGGCUGGAGCGUCAAGAAUUGGACGGUCAACGUGAAUGGUCCACCCAAGGCUUAUCUCCAAAAUAUGGUCACGAGGAUGGAGUGUCUUUACUGCAAUACACUGCAACAAAUGGCUGAUGGCAUUGAAGUGACUACAGAGAGAAGCUACAAAAUCUUCUUGCCCCGCCGUGAAGUUGAUUACGUGAUGACAGCCGGGAGAUAUGAUUACGAAACCGCGCUGCUAAUGUGUAAUAGCCUAAAAGGCACAUUGCCUGAAGCUGGAGACCCCGAUGUGCUCCGCUUAUUUGGAGAGGUCCAAGAGCAGAAUCCCAAUGUGCAGAUAAACGUCUGGGGACGAAAGAGCUCGCCUGAACAGAGCUGUUAUGGACUGUAUUAUAAUCCUGUAGCUCAGAGUUCAGGAAUAAUCCCGACCUAUUACAUGGAAUGUGAACAAACAGCAGCUUAUUUCGUUUGUAAGACAUCCCGAGCACUAACGUUUGAUCUGCGUCAAGACAGAUUUCCAGGCAAGAGGGAAAGAUUCUACUUCGUACCAGAUGGCUUUAUCCCACGACUAAUGUCGUUUGAGGGAAAAGUCAUCUCUCUUUCAACUUCCCCAUCAGCAGACAACACGUUACUAUUCCAAGAUUAUACUGUGGAUGUCACCGUGGCCGUAGCAACGGCUUUCAUCGAUAAAUCACCCAAUCCAUUCGGCAGGCGAACCUGGACGUUUACUGAAGGCAACAAAACCAUGUAUUGGGUUCUGACAUCUUGCUCCAAGAACGAAUUCACCUGUGACCCUGGCAUCUGCUUAGAUAUGGACAAGCGAUGUAAUGGAAAAGAUGACUGCGGCGAUGACUCCGAUGAGCAAUGCGAAUUGAUCAAGUCCUUGCCGAGUUCCUACCGUCCCACUCGUCCUCCCAAGGAGGAGACGCCCUUGAAUACAAGUUUGAGAAUUGUAUCAAUCGACGACGUUGAUGUCGAUCUCGGCAAAAUCCAAGUUCUUAUGCAGAUCCAAACAACCUGGGAAGAUGGAAGGAUAACUCUGAUCCAGAUGAGUCACGAAAGCGAAGACAACCUCGUAGACAAGAAUGUCUGGACACCCAAGUACUAUUUUGCCAAUGGAGUCUUCGAGGACAACGUGAAUUACAUCAAUAAGAAAAAUGUCAUUGAGCGGACUAUUGCCAAUAGGAAUACGGGCGGGAAAAUGGCUAUUAUCAAUAGUUACGAAGGGUAUGAGUACAACGGCGAAGGUAACGCAAGCAUCACCCACAUCGAGUCGGUUUCGUCCUCCUUCGACUGCGACUUCGACCUCUUGUAUUACCCUUUCGAUAUCCAUACUUGUGAAAUUCAAAUCCAGCUUAAACAAAUUGGUGGUCACAAAGCCCAUUUCGAUACCAGAACGAUUUACAUAUACCCAGAUAACUUCACCCUCUCGGAAUUUACCACUGAGCCUGUAUGUUAUACUUUCGUCAACCAGUCAGCAAACCACGCCAAUCUAGUGAAGAUUCACAUUUUGUUGAGCAGAAGGUACGGGGCCUAUAUCCUGACCACUUUCCUCCCUUGCCUCGUGCUGACCGUCAUAGGAGCUCUGACGGAAUUCUUUGAGGACGAUAAUUUCAGUGACCGCAUAAACGUGACUCUCGCUGCCUUGAUUGUGAUAGCGUCUCUCAUCUCUCAAGUGGCUACAACGGCGCCAGUGUCGGCUCAACCGAAGCUCAUCGACAUGUACUUCUGCUUCUGUAUGUUUAGAUUAUUCUUCUGCUUUGUCCACCACGGUCUCCUCUGCAUGGUUCGAUGUUUCAUGGUUCACAGGGAGGAGAAAAGCAAACACCAAACGACCAACGUUCCAAAACAAACGACCAACGUUCCAAAGCAAACGACUAACAUUCAAGAUUCCUUACUCUCUCUAAGAGAUCUUGACGUUCCGGCAGCAGCAUCUUAUGUUCCACCGCCCAAGGACUUGGUGGUCAGCGCCUGGCAGCUGUUGGCCGUUCCACCUCCCAGUUCCGAGAGGACAGUGACCACGCCAGAGGGGAUAGCGGCAACUGCAUUGUGGCGGAAAUCGACGACUUACAAGAUUGUCAAUGGUGCUAGCAUUUUCGUCGGGUUCCUCGUGGAUGCGAUAACGUACGCCGUGAUCGUCGUCUUCGUUAUCAACAAUUAUUAUCGGGCAUUGCAAGAUUAUAAGGAGAACUGCCAGAAUUGAGGAUUUGGCUUUCCCUUGAACUGAGGAAGGAUAUUUAAACUUUAAUUUUCAUCUUUAUAUUCAUUAGAUUCCUCCUACAAGCUCUCAUUUCACCGUCAGAUCUGCAUCCUAUCCAUAAUUUUGUUGUCUUCAUUACUUUCUUCAAUUGUGAAUAACUUUCUGUAAGUCAGUUAUUGCUAUUACAAAGCCAUAACAUAGUUCCUUGUUUUCUUCUGAGAUCAGUAAUAUGAUUAGGCUUGCCAACUGUGCCUUAUUGGAAAGGACGGACGAGCUUUUAAUUGGUUCUCUCUGGCCUGUCUUUUGUCGAAUCUAGAAAUGAUGUCAACGGUCCUUCAUUUAAAAUGAUUCCGCAUAGAUCAUAUUGUUGUAAUUAAUACUUAUUAAUAAUGCUAUAAAACAAGGUCUUUCGACAGCCAGAUAUCUUGGAGAUUUUUUGCACUGGUUAAUCGCCUGAACAAACCGGAAUUUAAAACCCGUUUGGUUACACUUUGUUAGGUUAAGUGGCUUCACUAGUCUUAGUGUCCAAGUAACACCCUAUGCACUCCCUGUGAUAACAAUGACUUGUAGUCUUAUAGUCACCUUUGUUACUUUACACACAAUAUAACUAUAUUACUACUACUUUCACUUGAAAGAGAAUUGCACGAAAUUUAUUGAAAAAAAAAUACACACACAAAUUCGCACGUGUGCUGAUGGCUAGUAUAAUCAUAAUUUCAAAAUUUUAAAAAUCUUUACUAAUAUAAUGAUUUUUAUUUAUGCUUCUCUAUGUAUGUAUCUAUCUGUAUAUAUGCACGUCUAUAUAUAAGUACGUCUGUAUGUAUAUAUGUAUGCAUAUACAUACAUAUGUAUAUACAAGUAUGCAUAUAUAUACAUGUAUAAGAUUGUCUUUUAUAAUAACUUGACAGAGUUCACUAAGCUACUACCACUGAAAUGUUACAUUGUACUUCAUAUGCAUAAGCUCUUCCGUUAAAAAAUCACUUUAAAAAACGGGGGUAGGGGACUGAUCUGAUGACAAAACACUACAUUUGCUUUAAGAAUAUAUUUAGGAAUCUUGUUAGCUGUGGUAUUUUAACGGAUAUAUUUGCCAAGACUAUUGAGCGUAAAAAUAUACUUAGACCAUUAAUGCAGAAUCCUCUGUACCCUAGGAAUAAUUUGCAUCCAACUGGUAUUAUACAUGAUAAGUGCACCUACCCACAUCAGAAUUUGAACUCAUUGGCAUGAGUUCAUAUUGAAUAAACUGGAAUUUUAAUUUACAAAUCAUAUACCUUCGCAAAUAUUUAGCUAUCACACUAAG